CUUUGGAGUUCUCGUGGCUGCGUCCCGUUGCCCAUUCCAAGGCUCCGUUUUAAAACCGAGGCCUUGGAAUUGAGGAUCAACAACAGCACUAGCACAAUCUCUUGUUUUCUUCUUCAUUCCUAUUUUCUUUUCAAUCUCUCGUUGCCAACAUUAGCUCCGGACUUAUUAGCAUUCGCUUCUCAAAGACAAGUAUACUAAGCGAGAAGUGGGAGAUGAUCGUGAGGUCUCGCGUAGCAUAUUAUCUUUAAAUUCGACAGAGAACUUGCGACUCAAAACUUCAAGCGUAUCUUUGCGAAAAUGUUGACCGUGCCUCCUGUUAAGGUAAAAGGUCUCUUGAAAGGCCUGAGAUACAUCUCCGGCAUAUUUGAAAAUGAAAAAGAACAAGAGAUGGUUAUUGGCAACCCAACAGACGUCAAACACGUAGCGCAUAUCGGAUUUGAUGGUCCUGUUGUAAAUAACCCUGCAUGGAUGAAUGACCUCCAUUCCGCACCGUUGAGCGCGUCGGUUGAACGGGAAAAGCUAGAGGUUGGCUCACCAAAAACCGCAUCUCAAGAGAUUCCUCUCGGUAGGAUCCCGCCUCCCUCCCCCGCACGUGACGAGCAAGUCAUCAAGGCCCCCGACGCACACUGCGCCACUGUGGUUCCUCGAAUGCGCCAUGGGUUCCACUCCCCCUCCACGUGA